AUGCGCAGUGACUGGCACCGUUACAACCUCAAGCGCCGUGUCGCUUCGCUGCCCCCUAUUUCAUCUGAGGUCUUCACCGAGAAGGUUUUGCAGGCUCGCGCUGCUACCACAGCGCAGGCGGACAAGGCUGGAUUUGAGAAGACUUGCGAGGUGUGCCAGAAGACAUACUACAGCGAAAACUCGUUCAGGAACCAUCUGAGCAGCACGAAGCACAAGUCCAAAGCUGCGGCUGCGGCAAGGAGGCCGGCCAACAAUAAGGUCGAUGAUGAUGUCAGCUCCAUGUCAUUCUCACUUGGCGAGCCGGCGCGAGCAGACUCAGUCGUGGAUUCAGAGGCUGAGGAGGAGUUCAGCGAGGUGGUUGAGGGCAUCAAGAACGCAUCUAUACAUGACACAGCAUCGCCUAUCAAACGGCCCUCUGCUCCUCAACCAGCCGUCGAAGAACAGUCCAAGACAGAUGCACAAAUGGAGGAAACUCCCACUACCACUCCCAAGCCUGAGGCUCUUACACCGUCGGCCACGACAUGUGUGUUCUGCAAUUACGAAUCGCCGACGCCGCAGUUGAACGCCAGCCACAUGGAGCGCAUCCAUGGCAUGUUCAUCCCAGAGAAGCAGUAUUUGGUGGACCUUGAAGGCCUGCUCAAGCACCUGUGGGAGAAGGUGUUCCGGUACAAUGAGUGCCUAACUUGCGGGAAAAUGAAGGUGAACGUGUUCGCGAUACAAACACAUAUGCGAGACAAGAGCCAUUAUCACAUACCGUACACUACUGAGGAAGAGCAGCUAGAGAUCGGUGAAUUCUACGACUUCCGGAGUACUUACUCCGAUGGGGAUUGGGAGACUGAAGAGGAGGAUAAGGGUGAGGAAGAUGGUGGCGUCAGGCUUGGUGCUAAGCGUGAGAGCAAGGUUGUGGACGAGAACGGCGACGAAGUAAUGGAGGAUGAAGAGGGCUGGGAGACAGACAGCGACGCCUCCUCACUCGAUACCGACGACCUUCAUGCGGUGCCUGCUGAGGGUCACUACCACCAGUAUGAGAGAUUGGGCAAGCACCCACAUCACUCACGCGAGAACAAGAAGGCACACCGCGAGGCAGACGGCAUUCACGCUCCCUCAAAACGUACACAUGCCGUUUACUACGACGAGUAUGAAUUACACUUGCCCAGCGGCAAGUCAGUCGGCCACCGCUCAUUGGCACGGUACUACCGGCAGAAUCUGUACCACUACCCAACGCCGGAGGAGCGGGCCGAGCGGUUGGCCAUCGAGGCUGCCGAGCGGGAAAAUCGUAUGGAUGUGGAUGGGGAGGAGCCGGAGCGUGGCCGCACCCGCACUCGGGCCCUGGUCCCGAGGGAUAUUAAGGGCCUUGGCGUCACGACCAUGUCGGACCCGCGCGUCCGUGGUAUUGUCCAGAAGGGCAAGAAGGAGGAGUGGAAGAACCGCGACAGCAAAUGGUGGAUGCACAGCCAGGUGGCGAUCAAAGAGAAGGCAAAGCACCCUUCGACGUAUCUGCGUUAA